CGCUCUGCUGGGGGCGGGAGGAAGAGGGGCCGGACUGGGGCCUGAAGAGCCGUCGCUGUCUUCGCUGCUGCUAUGACCAGCGGCCGAGGCGCCCUCCGCAGUCCCGCGCAGCGCUCGUAGGGGCCGAGCUCCCGCCGAAGCCGUCCGGGUCCCCAGCGUGGCCGCUCCCGCGGCCCCUCGGCUCUUCCGUCGCCGCGCGCUAGGCGAGGCGGAGGCAGGAUGAAGAUGACGGUGGAUUUCGAGGAGUGUCUGAAGGACUCACCCCGCUUCAGGGCUGCUUUGGAAGAAGUAGAAGGAGAUGUGGCUGAAUUGGAACUAAAACUUGAUAAGCUUGUGAAGCUCUGUAUUGCCAUGAUUGAUACCGGAAAAGCCUUUUGUCUUGCAAAUAAACAGUUCAUGAACGGGAUCCGAGACCUGGCCCAGUAUUCUAGUAAUGAUGCUGUAGUUGAAACAAGUUUGACCAAGUUUUCUGACAGUCUUCAAGAAAUGAUAAAUUUUCACACAAUCCUGUUUGACCAAACUCAGAGAUCAAUUAAGGCACAGCUUCAGAACUUUGUUAAAGAAGAUCUUAGAAAAUUUAAAGAUGCCAAGAAGCAAUUUGAAAAAGUCAGUGAAGAAAAAGAAAAUGCAUUGGCAAAAAAUGCCCAAGUACAAAGAAACAAACAGCAUGAAGUUGAAGAAGCCACAAACAUUCUGACAGCCACAAGAAAAUGUUUUCGACAUAUAGCCCUUGACUAUGUACUCCAGAUUAAUGUUCUUCAAUCAAAAAGGAGAUCUGAAAUCCUAAAAUCAAUGUUAUCCUUUAUGUAUGCCCAUUUGGCGUUCUUUCAUCAAGGAUAUGAUUUAUUUAGUGAACUCGGACCCUACAUGAAAGAUCUUGGAGCACAGUUGGAUCGACUAGUUGUGGAUGCAGCAAAGGAGAAAAGAGAGAUGGAACAAAAACAUUCCACCAUUCAACAAAAGGAUUUCUCCAGUGAUGAUUCUAAGUUAGAAUACAAUGUCGAUGCUGCAAAUGGCAUUGUUAUGGAAGGCUAUCUGUUCAAGCGAGCCAGCAAUGCCUUCAAAACUUGGAACAGACGCUGGUUUUCAAUACAGAACAAUCAGCUGGUUUACCAGAAAAAGUUUAAGGAUAAUCCCACUGUAGUAGUUGAAGAUCUCAGGCUGUGCACUGUGAAACAUUGUGAAGAUAUAGAAAGGCGAUUCUGCUUUGAGGUGGUCUCUCCAACUAAAAGUUGUAUGCUCCAGGCAGAUUCUGAAAAGCUACGCCAGGCAUGGAUUAAAGCUGUUCAGACCAGUAUUGCUACUGCUUAUAGAGAGAAGGGUGAUGAAUCAGAGAAGCUGGAUAAGAAAUCAUCUCCAUCCACAGGAAGCCUAGAUUCUGGAAAUGAGUCAAAAGAGAAAUUAUUAAAAGGAGAAAGUGCACUGCAGCGGGUCCAGUGUAUCCCUGGGAAUGCGAGCUGUUGUGACUGUGGUCUGGCAGAUCCACGGUGGGCCAGCAUCAACUUAGGCAUCACCUUGUGCAUUGAGUGCUCUGGGAUUCACAGGAGUCUUGGGGUUCAUUUUUCAAAAGUGCGAUCUUUAACUUUAGACACCUGGGAGCCUGAACUUUUAAAGCUAAUGUGUGAGUUGGGGAAUGAUGUUAUAAACAGAGUUUAUGAAGCUAACGUGGAAAAAAUGGGAAUAAAGAAGCCACAACCAGGACAAAGACAGGAGAAAGAGGCAUAUAUCAAAGCAAAAUAUGUGGAAAGGAAAUUUGUGGAUAAAUAUUCUGUAUCAUCAUCACCUCCUGAGCAGGAAAAAAAGGUUGUCUCCAAAGAUAGCGAAGAAAAGAGGCUGAGCAUUCCUAAACUUGGGCCAGGCGACCAAGUUAGAACAUCCACCCAAAGUUCAGUUAAAAGUAAUGACAGUGGAAUCCAGCAGAGCUCUGAUGAUGGAAGAGAAUCUUUACCCUCCACAGUGUCAGCCAAUAGUUUAUAUGAGCCUGAAGGAGAAAGGCAAGAUUCUUCUGUGUUUCUCGAUUCUAAACAUCUUAAUCCAGGACUUCAACUCUACAGGGCUUCAUAUGAAAAAAAUCUGCCAAAAAUGGCUGAGGCUUUGGCUCAUGGUGCAGAUGUGAACUGGGCUAAUUCAGAGGAAAACAAAGCAACACCACUUAUUCAGGCUGUAUUAGGGGGCUCUUUGGUGACAUGUGAGUUCCUUCUACAGAAUGGUGCUAAUGUGAACCAAAGAGAUGUUCAAGGGCGGGGACCACUGCACCAUGCCACCGUCUUAGGGCAUACAGGGCAGGUGUGUUUAUUUCUAAAACGAGGUGCCAAUCAACAUGCCACUGAUGAAGAAGGGAAAGACCCUUUGAGCAUAGCUGUAGAAGCAGCCAAUGCUGAUAUAGUAACGUUGUUACGCUUAGCAAGAAUGAAUGAAGAGAUGCGGGAAUCCGAAGGACUUUAUGGACAGCCAGGUGAUGAAACGUACCAGGAUAUUUUUCGUGAUUUUUCCCAAAUGGCAUCCAAUAAUCCAGAGAAAUUAAAUCGUUUCCAGCAGGACUCACAGAAAUUCUGAAAUUUUUUAAGAAGGGGGAACAUAAGAAACCUGAUGACCCUCACCAUGACUGAAAAUUCACAGAUUUUUACUGAAUUAAUUCUACUUAAUUUUGCUAUAUAUUGAAUGGUUUGGAGAAAAGGUACCCAUUCACUGAUGUUGUUAUAAAUUAAACAUCUAGUAGUUGGGAGAGGACCCUAACCUACUAUAGGACCUAUUUUAUUAAAAAAUUAAAAACCUGUUUAAAGGAUUUAUUUUUAAUAAAGUUGAAUCUAGAUUUCAUCUAACUGUAGGUUAUAGGAUGCAAAGAGAUUAGACAGAAUCUUCUUCUCUCUCGCUCUUUUUUUUGGUCAAGGGGGAUGAUGAUAGCAUUGAUCUCUCCCCCCCCCCCCCCCCCCCAUGCGUCGAGCGUGGAAUCAUUUGGUCCAGCAUGUUUGCAUCAAGUGGAAGCCAGCUGUUCCGCCUGCCUCAAGAAUGUGUUCUUUCUUUGACUUCCAUGAUGAUUUUUGGUGGUUCAUAAAUAGGUGUGUGUGCUUUUGCUUUUUGGUAGCCUCCCUGUUGUGCACACAAUGUAUGACUUCAUUGUUGAAACUAGAGAUUACACUUUCCCCAUUUGCUCAUGAAUGCCCUUGCAUUCCUUAAAUGACAGGUUACUGUCUGAUACUUUUACAUACAUAUAAUAGCUGUAUAGUAAACCGUAGUUCAAUCCUUUAGAUUUAGUCCUUCUUUCUAUGAAGCAAAAGAGAAACUGUUAAUUUUUUUUAACCAUCAAAAAAUCCCAGUUCAGAAGUUAUAGUUUUUCAUUGUUGGAUUGAUAACAUUUUUGCUGUUGCUGUUGGUGAAAGGAAAAUUUAUACAAAGUAGAAAAAAGACCCAUAUUUUCUUAGUUUACACUAAAGUAUACAGCAAAAACUUGCUUUUGAUUUCCAUCCUGUGUACUGUAAACAAUGUACAUUCUUUUAAAUUACAGCAUGUAUAUAGCUUCAAUAUUUGCUUAUAUGAAUUGCAAACCCUUAAAUUCCAAAACAUUAUCAGUAUAUUUAGUUACCAUUAUAUGUUACAAAUUAGUCUUAUCCCACCUUUGAUUGACAUAUCUUAUGGCGAGUAUAGAAGAGUUAGAUAAUUUGCCUUAUGGUACCUUUCUAAUGCUGUCAAUAAUUAAAUUUAACCCAUUAAAAAUUAUUUUUAAGUAAUAUUAUUGAUGCUCAGUUUCUACAUUAAGGUUUUAUACUUGCAAAAGAGAAGUUGUAGUUAAUUGGGUAGGUAAUAAAUUUUCUAACAUUUUACCCCGAUAAGUAGAGUUUUAUAAAUUGAUGAAACACUAAAUAAGAAUUAUACUUAAAUAAAUUUAUAUCACAGAAAAGGGUCCCUACCUAGGCCUUUUUGGAUACAUUAAUGUUUAUUUAGUAAUGGUCAAUAUAUGUUGGAUAAGAAUAAAAUAUAUUUGUGAAUUAUUUCUGAGGAAAUGCUAACUUCCAAAACAUUGUAUUUUAAUUAGAACAAUAUCAAGAACUUUAAAUCUUUCUUGUUUCAUUUCAGAGUCAUAGAUCAAAGAUAGACUUUUAGAUACUUUAUCUGAAGGCAGAAAUCUGAUUUGGAACAACAGUGUUUUUUAGAAUGUACUUGGAAAUUAGUUGUCCAAAAACUCAAGGAAAAGCAAUAUGUUAAAGAGAAGAAGAAAGAGAAGUGAAAAGAAAGCCCUCACUUCUCCUUUGUAGUGCCUGUUCCUAUUUAAUCCCAGGGCUUCACUCCUAAAGCUCUUGACCUUGAGGAAGUCUAGGCAGUUUUCCUUUUGGGUCCGGCCAUCGGUGCUUCCAAACACCUCUGAGAUACGUGUGAUUGUGAAGGCAGUUGCUUAUGACACUCUAACUCCUGUGACUUGAGUCAUGGGUUGUUAAUAUGGCAGUAAUUAAUAUCUCCUUAAAUUUAAUGUUUAGAAAUAUAUUUUUAGUACCCUAAAGAUGAUCAUUAUUCUGAAUAUCUUCAGAGAAAUCUAAAUCUUUAAUAUUGCAGGGAAGCUGGCAAAUACAGAAAUAUAUUUCUAUGGCUUGAUUUCUUGAAUGUGCUGGUAUCCAGUUUGGACUAAAUUUGGCAGAAAUGAUGGAGUAAACAGCAAGGCUUUAAGUUAAAUUAAUAGUUACAAGGUAGGUUGGCUCUUAGGUGUAGUUAGCUGUGCCAGCUAGUAGCUUUCCACAGUGUGUAGCAAAUCCGAGUUUUGUUAUGCUGAGAAGUGUUCAGUGCCAGAUGAGGAAUCAUAGUGGAAACAGUGUUAAACAUUCUCUUGGGCUUCAUGAGUCCCUGUGAUUGCCCUUUGUUUUCUUUCCAUAAUUGAUCUGCUGACAUUAGUUUCUGAUUCCUAAUUUUUUAGCUUGUUGUCAUUAGCUCAUAAACUUAAAAAUUGGAUUAAUGCCAAAGCAAGAAUAGUAAUACUACCUAUGAAGAGUUUAUAAAAUGCCGUUUCAUAUUAGAACUAGGCUAAAGGUAAUUGAGCAGUUUAAUGCAAUGCUUCAUUGCAUCAUUUACAUGCUUAAGCUAGAAGUUAUCUUUAAUAAAAUCUUUAGAAAUUCAGAAAUUUCCAAGGAUUUACCACAUUAGAGUAUUGUCUAAUUUUUACUAGUCUUCAGCGUUGAUUUUAAUGAACUUCGGUGUUUACUCACCAAAACAUAUAAACUUGACUUGGAAUAUGUACUUUGGUUCUUUAGGAGUGUAAUUUGGGGGAAAAAAAGGUAUACCUUCACAAUCGAACAACUUACGUUUGUCAUACAUUAGCAGUAUUUUUUUAAAAAACCACAAUCUCACAUAUGUUCAAUGUGAUCACAACAAACAAUGUUGUAAGAUAUCCCAUUUGGAAUAAUUUCAUAUUCCAAUAUCACUCUUAUAUUGUCAGAUUAACUCUUUUGAAUGAUAACACCAUGGGCAUGGUACAUUUUUAUAGCAUUGAAUGGCUUUGGAACUGCAUGAUACAGUGGGAAGAGCACAGACCAGUAGUCACUACCCUUUUUGGAUUCAGGGUUCCUCACAGAUAAAAUUAGUGGGGUAAAACUAAAUGUAACAUAAAUAUGUGUUAUAAAUAUAACAGCACCCCUUUGUAUACUGCUUGCUACUUACAGUGUAAUUUGACAUUACUUUAUCUCACCUGAUUCUCACACUGGGACUUCUGAGAUUCUUAUUGGGAGAUUGUCAGCAUUGUCUGCUUUUUGAUCCUGUGUGCUCCUCUUGUUUUAUAGGGGUGGGGGAGUCAUUUGCUGUGUUAGUUGGUGGCAAAGUUGACACCAUAACCCAGGUCUGACUGACUGACAGUCAGAGGCACUUUACUUGUAUCAUGAUAUGAUUUGAAAUUAUUGUAAAGGAUCACAAUCUGAUAAUGACUGCCAGCUUUCCUUGUAUUCUCGUGGCAAGGCUCCAAAUAUUUUGGAGAACCUGGAUUGAGGUUUGAAGGAAUAGAUCGAGAUUUGAAGACGUAAAAUUGUAGAAAAUUUUGUAUUUUUUCAGUAAACAUUAGAGAAAGUAAAAAAAUUUAAAAAGCAAUUUUAAUUCAGCAUAUCCUUCUCAAUUACUGGAUGAAGCAUCCAAAUGAGAGAUAACUAAACGGGGCAUGGGUUCAGUGUAUCUGGAUCCGACAUCCCUAAAUAUGGCUUUUUGGAUAUCUCUUUUCUGUUCAUAUAUAUUUAUUCACUGAAAGUGUGAUAAUAGGGAGUACAAAGCUAGAUUUGAUAAAAUAAUCUUUUCUCUGCAUUGGUCUUUGCAUUACUUAUUGUCUAGAUUUUUCCACUUUUCUUCAAACUCCCUAACACUCUUUUGGGUGUUAAUUUCAAGCAAGGAAAGCUUGCCACAUUAUAAAGAUUGUUUGGCACCAUUUUACACAAAGGUGAAAAGUUAACUUUUGGAAAUGAUGAGCUAUUUUUCCAUAAGUGUUUACUUGUGCUUUGUGGUAUUCUGGAUCAUUCCAGUCAUAAAGACUUAUUACAUGUAAUAUUUCUUGCUACCCAUGAAAAGGUAUUUUUAAAGAAUGUAUAACCAACACUCCAUUUACUUUUUAUUAGUAUGUAGAGGAUUUGUAUCUAAUUAAUGAAUGUAGUUUUACUGUAGUUUGUCAUUGUAAAUGGAACAAAGUACAAUAUCUUUAUAGUUAUUCUAAAAUGUACAUUAUGUAAGAAUUGUAAAUAUACUUGAUUAAGUACUUUGUAUGCUGAAAAAUUGCAAUAAUAAGUCAAUAAAAUUCUCACUUCUGGCAUA